GAAUACCGUGAAGAUUGUGCUGUCGACGAAUAUUGCGGAAACGGGAGUGACCAUUCCGGAUGUGACGGUAGUUAUAGACACCUGCAGACAACGGGAGAUGCGCUACGACGACGUUAAUGGCACAGAUAAACUGGAAGAGUGUUUUGUGUCUCAGGUAUGUAUAUAG